AUGGCCGAAUUGAAGCCUAAGACCAGAAGGCUAGGACCUCUGGGGUUGUUCAAAGAGGUAUUCAAUUGGUAUCCUUCAUCAUAUCCUGCAGAGGAAAGAAAAUUACUAUUCAAGUUGGACUUGUCAAUUCUGAUUUUUGCUUGCUUAUGCUUCUUUGUGAAAUAUCUGGACCAGUCCAAUAUCAGCAAUGCCUAUACCAGUGGGCUUAAAGAGGACUUUGAUCUUAAUGGAAAUCAGCUCAACUACAUGAAUGUCUGUUACUUCACAGCAUAUGUUGUAUUUCAAAUUCCUGGAUUGCUAUUGAUGUCACGUCCAAGCCUGUCUCGUUGGCUGCUCCCUGGGCUAGAACUCCUUUGGGGAAUUUGUACUUUUGCUCAGAGCCGUGUUACCAAUGUGAAGCAGCUCUAUGCACUCCGCGCCCUGGUUGGUAUGCUGGAAGCUCCAGUGUUCGCCGGAACUCAUUUCAUUCUCGGGUCUUGGUAUUCGGGGCCAGAACUAUUCAAGCGAGCAGGUACCUGGUUUAUCUGCAAUCCCCUUGGCUCUAUGGUCAGCGGAUACUUGCAGGCUGCUGCAUAUAAAAAUCUAACGGGCGUUGGUGGUAUGCCUGGAUGGAGAUGGCUCUUCAUCAUUGACGGCAUCUUCACCAUCCCUGUCGCCCUGAUUGGUUUCAUCAUAUUCCCAGGAAUCCCCGACUCCCCGCGCCCAUUCUUCUUGACAGAAGAUGACAUUGCAUUAGCCAAGGAAAGAGGAAAGAAGGCGAAGAUUCGUCGUCCAGGGAAGAUGACUCUUGAUGUGUUCAAGCGGUCCUUGAAACGAUGGCAUAUUUGGAUUUUUGUUGGAUGCUACACAUGCAUGAUUCUCAUGAGCUACCCGUCGUCAUAUAUGAACCUGUGGCUUAAAGCUGAGGGAUAUUCAGUUGACCAAAUCAACAAGCUGCCCACGGUAAUCAGUGCAAUUACUAUCGUUACCUCGUGGUUUGGAACUACCCUUGCCGCAAUUUAUCCAGAAUGGAUUAUUUACACCAUCGGCAUCGUAUGCUGCAUCUUCUCGACAAUCUGUAUGAUUGUCUGGAACAUUCCGCCUGCAUUGAAGUUUGUUGCUUGGUACCUAUUCGGAUUUGCUGGGUGUUUAAGUCCGAUUCUCUAUUCCAUAGUGAAUACAGUCGUCAGUAACGAUUCCGAAGAGCGAGCUCUGAUUAUGGGUUCUAUGAUGACCUUUGGCUACUCCUUCCAAAUUUGGGUUCCGCUUCUGCUAUUCCCUACUACAGCACCAAAUGGCAACGGAGCGACGAGGUGGCGUAAGGGUUGGCCUGUUACACUUUGCUUCUACUUCUUGCUCUGGGUCCUCUUUAUGGCCGCCGUUCUCCUUCAUAGACGCGACCAACGCAAAGGAAGGACUGAAUUACCUGAUAACGACAUCUCCGAGUCGGAUAUCUCGGGAAGCAAUCCGUCUACCGUAGAUUUCGAAGAGGUUAUUGUUCAAAAUGAAGCUGACAGGAAAGGAAAGGUUGAUAUUGGUAGAUGA